GCUGUUUUAAGGGCGGCGCCAGUCAAUUUGCGGCAUCUUACUGGCUGCUGCAAACUCCUUGUCUUUCUACUGAUGCAGAUCUCUACAGCAACUGCAAGCACACCUGCAUCAGAGGAGCUCUCAUCCACUUUAUCAAAACGGGACCUUGAUACCUUUCCAGAAAAGGCGCACUUACAACAAGCUUCCUCAUCCUCAUCACAGCACUCAGAACUCAGGCCCCUAGGUUACCGCUCAUCAGACUCCAAACUUUCUGUCCACCACAGCAAUGCAUCCAGCAUAGCACCCACACCAUCCCUCGGUGCUGACGGUGGAUCAGGUAACCUAGGCGACGGUGCACAUGGCAUUCACCUGCUGCUACGGCCACCUGAUCUUCUCACACCCAGUCAGUUUCCUCCUCUUCAUGGCCACAGCCCACCUACACCAGCCCCUCCCACUCUUCUCACAAACGAGGACCCGGACUCCGCUCAGUCUACAGAAGUCGACUGGGGGUCUGGGGAUUACCUGGAAACCAUGACUUUUAUGGGUUCUGAAGGGGAUCAGCUUUCUCUUGUCACCACCGUUCCAACUCAUGGACAUGACCCAAAUGAAUCUGAUACUGACUCAGAUAACGGGAUUAGCUACAACACUGACUUUCCUUCUCGGCAUGUUCCUACUCUCUCUUCUAGGCAACUCCUUCCCAGUGUAACUGUUGGCUUUGACACUAGCCUAAGGACUCCACACCCCACUGAUCCCCGCCUUCCCCAUAUACCUAACAUCUCCCCAGAUGAUCUGGAUUUCGAUUGGGCAGAACUGUACCCUAUUGAGCCCACUGAGAUGCUGCUUCCAGACAUGAACAGCUUGGAGUACUACAACACCCUGCAGGCUAAAGAGAACGCCAGUGCGGCUCGCAACCAUACACACCUGGCUCCACCGCAUAUUGUUCCUACAGCCACCCACACACCCCUUCCAGGCUCCACACACACACUUGCACCCUCUAUGGGUGUGAGCCCUUCGACGGACCAAGUGGAUGCCCCACAUUUUAUACCCAGCGUUACACCCACCCCAUCACAAAAACCAUCCACACCCCCUGCUCCUGACAAAGCCCCUACUUAUCCAAAGAAGUCUUCUCCUCGCCCAACUUUACACGAUUCUAAAGCAGUCAGUGCCCAACCUGACGUGCCCACAACUCCACAUGUUGUCUCACAGGGUCCAGCCAUUCAGGCUGUAACACUUCAAGCACCUUCACCUCCAAAACUUCAAACAGUGCCUAAAGCUAUUACCACCACUACUGCAACUACAACAACCACAAUUUCUACCAAGCCUCCACCUCCUGCGGCUCCCAGAAGUCCUGUCUCCACAACAUCCCGGCAGUACGUCUGCAACAUCACAAAGCCAGACAUGUACCUGGUCAAAGUGGGCAUGCCAAGUGGGACGUCUGUGGCGUUUGCUAAGACUCAUGUGAGGGAGAUUCUAAGACGAGAGUUCAACCGCUCCAUAGAGCUGCAGGUUCUCAAAGCUCCACCCAAUUUUGUCUUUCGUGCUGUGUCUGGUCCACUGGUAUACACAGCGGUGUCAAUCAUAAACACUCUUCGUCAGUCAGUUCGCAGCACUUCCUCACCCACCAUUCUCACAGUCACUCCCAUUUAUGCAGUACCUGACUACAUCAACCAGGUUCACUCAGUACUGCAGUUUGUGCCAAGUCACGUAGAUGUGCGAGUGUGCAGCUUCAGUGAGCGCGUAGAGAGGGGACUGCUUAUGGCCUACUCAGAAGUCUGCAGGCGAUCCCAGGAAAAUGGAAACUUCAGUGUGCAUAUCUUAAACAUCACCGUCAGUAUGAUGAAAGGCCAGCGGCAGCAGAAGACUCCGGUGGAUAUUACGUUUACUAUCCGCGAUUCUCAUGGCUACCUCAAGGGGUCGGAUGUCAGUGCUCAUCUGAGACAGCUGAAUGUGGUGGAGUUCAGCUUUUACCUGGGAUUCCCUGCUAUUCAGAUAGCAGAGCCUUUCCAUUAUCCUAAACUGAAUGUAACUCACCAUUUACGAUCCUCCUGGGUCAAGACAGUAUUACUGGGCGUGUUAGAUCAGCGUGUGAGUGAACGGACAUUCCAAGCUAAGAUGGAGAGGCGACUGGCUAUGUUGGUUGGGGAGGGGCUAGGGUUAAGCGGUGGUCGACGCUUAAAAAGAGCAACGGCUAUGGGCAACAGUAGUCUGCAGAUUGUGCGAGCUUUACGCUUAGACAGUGCAGAUAACCCUUUAGAGCUGGUAUAUUUUGUGGAGACUGGGUCAGGAGUGAGGCUGCCAGCUCAGACCACUGCUGCUAUGCUGAACAGACUCAACCUACAGAGGGCAGCUAUAAUACUAGGCUAUCGUGUGCAUGGACUACUGGCCACGCCUGUGGAAAAGUUAUCACUGGCUCCCUCUGAGACACAGCCCAGUAACGUGUGGCUGAUUGUUGGAGUGGUGGUGCCCGGACUAGUGGUUCUUCUUAUAAUUAUCAUCCUCUACUGGAAGCUGUGUCGCUCUGAGAAACUGGAAUUUCAACCCGAUGCCAUGAGCACCAUUCAGCAGCGACAGAAGCUCCAGGCUCCAAGCGUAAAAGGCUUUGACUUUGCCAAGCUCCACCUUGGACAGCACAGUAAAGAUGACAUCAUGGUGAUUCAAGAACCUGGUCCUUUACCACCAUCUGUCAAAGAGGCCACACCCUCUGAGGGUGGAGAACUGAACACACCCAAAUCUAAGAGCUCCUCCACCAAAGUAUCACGUGCAGCUCGAAGAAGGAGCAGAUUGACUCCUUCUGAUGGAGACUCACUGGGCAGUGAAGCAUCCAGUGGCAGAGAGUCUGCAGAGGAGAGCACCAGGCCUGCGGUCACACCCAGCGACAGCAAGCCUCAUCACCGCAAGAGCAAACACUCAAAGAACAAACUUGGUGCGACAUCUGGCAGCGGCGCAGAUGAACAGUUAUCCUCCUCCUCCAUAUUUGACCACGUGGACCGUGUGUCUCGAGGUUCAUCAGAUGGAACACGACGAGUUUCCAAUAAAAUUCAGCUAAUUGCCAUGCAGCCUGUGCCAAGCCCACCUCCUCAUUCACAUAAUCAGGCACUAAGCCCCGGUCUCACUGAACAUGUGUCGGAUGGGAGCAAGAUAAACAGUGAGAUUCAGGUUGCUCUGAGGCAUAAGUCAGAGAUCGAACAUCACCGCAAUAAGAUAAGGCAGCGAGCCAAAAGGAAAGGCCACUAUGAGUUCCCAUCUAUGGAGGACAUUAUGGCAGUGUUUGGGGACAGUUCAGAGCAGCAGCGUGUUUACCAGCAAGCUCAAGAGCAAAUACACAAGAUCCUGCAUCCUGAAAUGCAAACAUCGUCCCUGAACGGAGAUCCACAGAGGAGCUCUAGAGGCAAACGUUCUCCCAGACAGCGACAAAGGCAAAAUCUGAGUGGUAAUAGUAGCCUGACUGAUAAGGAUCAUCUCAUCUCUGAUGGUGAUGCCACAUACCGGAAAUACCCAGGAGUCAACAAUGUGGCCUACGUGUCUGAUGCAGAUCAGCUCCCUGAAAUUGGUAGCCCUUCUCCCACAGAUGAGGUAUUUAUCGACCCAGGUUCUCCACCUUCUGGUCCAGCCCCUGCUCCACCCACUUACAUUCCACCCCAACCAACCAUUGAAGAGGCACGCCAGCAAAUGCACUCCUUAUUAGAUGAUGCUUUUGCCCUGGUCUCACCCUCCUCUCAGGGGGUUGGGGUUACAGCAAUUACUGGGAUGGGAGGAGUCAUCCCUGAUCCGCCCUCUAGCCCACCUUCACGUCCUGUGCGCCAGUGGGGCUCCUCAUCUAACCCAGCAGCCCCUGUGCACAGUCCUUUCUCUGCUCGGUAUGCUGAAUUAGGAAUGUCCCCUACAUCUGUGCAAAAUUUACUGCAAAGGCAGGACAUGGGCUCUGGCUAUAUGGCAUCAGCAGAAAUGCAGUCUGAUCCAGGCUACUCCAGUAGGGAACAGUAUGGAGAUGAUGUACCAUCUUCUUCUCGACCGCGACCUGUAGGGGGCAGCACAGGUGCUCAGUUACAUCAGCUGACGCAGGUGGGCUUGUCGAGUCAUAUCGGUGCCUAUCCUGUUGUGGGCCGCAGCGUGUCUGGACCCUCAGGAUCCAGCUGGACCCAAUACCACUCGGAUGAAGAAGUCUCCAGAUCUGCAGAUAAUCGUGAGACUAUCCUGUCGUACCCUGAGUACUCAUCAUCUCCAGUUUUUCAGAUGCCCAGGACAUCUUUGAGAGAUCCUCCCACCCCCACAGCAGGCUACUCCAGCACGGAGGAACCCUCUCCAACUGUACAGACCUCAGCCUCUCUAAUAAAGGCCAUCAGGGAAGAACUGCAGAGACUCUCCCAGAAACAGGUUGCCAUAGCUGGCUACCACAGCUGA